AUGUCCACUGCCAUCCACAUGAACGCCAACGAAGCGUCGAAUUUAGACCAUUUAGAUGCAGUCGAUUAUGACCCCAUCACGCAUUUGAACGCAAUCUUCUCCCACCCUUCGACUCUCUCCUCAGUAUCACAGACCUCCGAGAUCCUCCGUGUUUACCAGAACGAUCUAGACAAUGACAUCGCACAGCUGGUAGAGGAGCAGGUUACUUCCAAUGCCGAUAGCGUGCAGCGCAUCCAGGCCGCGAAGGCGGACCUGGCCGAGCUGUUCAAGAAGAUCAACGAUGUACGAGAACGAGCGUCGCGAACCGAGCAAGCGAUCAUGGACAUGACGGCGGAUAUAAAGCAACUGGACAGCGCAAAGAAAAACCUCACCCUGUCCAUGACGGCAUUGAAGCGCUUGCAAAUGCUGACGACAGCAUAUGAACAGCUACGGGCACUGGCGAAAACACGGCAGUAUCGCGAUUGUGCACAGCUUCUUCAAGCAGUUAUCCAGCUCAUGGCACACUUCAAGUCUUAUAGAUCGAUCGAUCAAAUAGCGACUUUGAGUAGGAAUGUGGCCGAUAUUCAACGCGAACUAUUGGAGCAAAUCUGUGAAGAUUUUGAGAUAACUUUCGCCAAGGGCGAGGUGGUGCAAAGACGAGGUGUACUCUCCGAGGCCUGUCUCGUUAUGGAUGCAUUGGGUGAAAAUGCGCGAUCCAGGCUUACAACUUGGUACUGCAACACGCAACUUCGAGAAUAUCGUCAGGUGUUUCGGGGUAACGAGGAAGCUGGGUCUUUGGACAAUAUUUCUCGUCGUUACUCUUGGUUCAGAAGAAUGAUGAAGACAUACGAUGAUGAGCACGCUGCUAUCUUUCCUACGUCCUGGAGAGUCAAUGAGGUAUUGGCGAAUGCUUUCUGUGAAGGCACGCGCGAUGACUUUAAAGGUAUUCUCUCCAGAUCCGUGCGAAGUGGGCAGACUUUCGACGUCAAUCUCUUGCUUUCUUGUCUACAAGAAACUCUCGAUUUUGAGCAUUCUCUUGAUAAGCGGUUUUCGACUACGUCUCGGCCUUCAACCGAUACGAUUGCAUCAUCUACAGCGGAGUCCGCCGUGUUCACACAAGUAAUAUCUGAAGCCUUUGAGCCUUAUCUAGGUGUCUGGGUUGACGCACAAGACAAACAGCUGGCGAGUCUGCUACCGAAAUAUCGACAGCAACCACUCAAGCGAGAUGAUGAUGAAUUUCACGCCCAACUUGUCAUUCCUUCAUCUACAGAGCUUUUCACUUUCUACAGACAUUCACUCGCACAGUGCGCAAAACUCUCAACCAGCAGUAGCUUGGCUGAAUUGUCAAAAGUAUUCGCAAGAUAUUUAGAUCAAUACGCGCAGCAGGUGCUUCUCACUUAUAUUAGCGAGCGCCCAACAGGACAAACGCCGUCAAAGGUUCCAUCUAUUGAAGAUCUUAUCUUGGUUCUGAACACGGCAGACUAUUGCUAUACGACCUGCAACCAAUUAGAGGAAAAGAUCAAAGGGCGGAUAGACGAAAGUCUCAAGAAUACUGUCGAUUUCGAGAGCCAGGCCGAUACUUUCAUGGGCAUUGCUAGCGCAGCAGUUCGUGGAUUGGUCCGGAAAGUUGAAGUUGAGCUAGAACCUUGCUGGCGUGAGAUGCGAAAUUCUCCAUGGAGCAAGCUUGAGAAUGCCGGCGACCAAAGCUCGUAUGUGGCAGAGUUGCUUUCCAAGACCAAGUCCAAAGCAGAGGACAUUCUUCAGCUCCUUCACAAGCAACAGUAUGCGCGCGCGUUUGGUGAUAACAUCGUGGAAUUCAUCUCGAAUAGUUUCACAAGCACAGUUUAUCAAUGUCGCCCUGUCUCAGAAACAGGCGCGGAACAGAUGUUACUCGACCUUUAUACUUUAAAGAGUGGAUUGACGUCGCUGCUGCCCUCUGCACCUGCUGGCUUUGUGAAGAGAGUCAACAACAGCUUCGCCAAAGUUGAUACCCUCCUCAAAACCAUACAGGUCCGACCUUCACCGCCAGAAGCCCUGGUCCAGGCAUAUCUUAUUCAAAUCGCGGACCGAAACGAAGUGAACUUCCGGCGGGUCCUCGAGAUUAAAGGCAUUCGCUCCAAGCAGGAACAGGGUCCUCUUGUAGAACUGUUCAAUUUGCAUAGAGCUUCUGACAGACAUGCUCCAAGUCUACAACAAAGCAACCCUGUAUUUUCACUCUUCCACAUCUCGCCGACUGCGUCCGGACCAGCAACUGGUUCGGCCGUGUCUCACGGGUUGAGUAACCUGGGCUCAACCGCUACAGCAUCGAUGGGUGGGCCAAGCCGCUUCGACCCAAGCAUACUCGGCUCAGCCAUUAUUUCAGCAGCGAGAGACGGCGUCGACCGACUUCCACUUGGGUCUGGCGGUGCUGUUGGAGCUGGUGGUUCUCAUGCUGGUUCUGGAUCGGCCUCGCCAGCUCCGACAUUAUCUGGCCAACGCUUGACAGGCGAUAACUUUGAUGGCGGUCCCCCUUCAAGCUCGAACAAUCUCAAUGAUAACCUCAGGAAUCUCGGCAAGUUUUUCCGUCGAGAUCUGGGCGGGUUUGGGGGGAGGUUUGGUCGUGCUGCAGAAGAUUCUAAUCGGUAG